AUGGGCCACGAUGCGCACCGCCUGGCUAUAAAAGCGUGGAGACCGCGGGGCCAAACCAUAGCUCCCGCGGACACUAGGCGCAGCCUGAAAGUGACUGAAACUCCUGAAGUCGCCCGAGGCCGAAGUGCAAGAAGGCUUCUUGUCGCGAGUGCUGUGGUGUUUUCAGUGUGCAUCCUGCUUAUUGAACUUUCCAGAUACUGUACGGCAACUCCGAAAAUGAGAUGGCAUGCGUCACUGGUCGUCCUUUUAGCGCUAGGAUCCGUCACGGUGAUCAGCGGUUUUCGAUCUGCCUUGAAGUUUCCUGAAAAUUAUAUUGAGGAUCUUCCCUUGGAAGAAGCAAAUAUCGGUAAGUGA